CGCCUGUUCAGUGUCGCAGGAAGGUUGUGUGGACGGGCCGUAGCAACGAGUAGCGGAAGGACAAGCCAGUGACAACAGGGAGAAAGGAGAGACAGUGUUGAAGGAUGUGCUGCAGGGUUGGCAAAGUCUGCUUCUGCAUCGAUCUGCGCAAGGGCGUGGCAACGACUGCCUGGGUCUGGCUGCUUGGGGACGCCAUCUUGCUGAUCGUGACGUCGAUCCUGACGAGACAAGCUUGGGAAGCAAUGAUACGCAACAGUUGGAGGAACGAAAUAGAAAGAGAGGAGAGAGAUAAGAAAGCCAUCAUCUUAGCAGCUUGGUUCUGGUUGGCGGCGGUGGGCAUCGCGCUGUCGGGCUUGGGUGUUCUCCUCGACUUCAUGCUGGUGAAAGGAGCCACUGACGUUAAGUCUCCGCUGCGGAAACGGCGCAACUUGCUUCAAGGCUGGAUGGCGGCGUACGGCGUGGUGUACGCACUCGGGGUGGUGACCGCCGUCUUGAGCGUCCCAGUCUUGUUCCUCCUCAGUCCUACUCCACACCACGCCUUCGCCACCGCCGCCGGCAUCCUACUGCACGCAGGGCUGAUGGUGUACUUCUGGCUGAUGGUGCACAGCUACAGCCUGGAGCUGGACCAGCAGCGCGGCGAGUGUGGAGUUCGCCCAGCUGCGGGCAACGGCUACUGCACGGUGCCCACGGGGGUGUCCACCCCUGCCCAGGGGACCUUCUGCGACGCGGGCGGCAUGACUCUGACGCCGACGGCACCACCCCGCUACACCAGCGUCGCAUAGGGACCACCGUGUCAGCCACGUAAGGGGACCACGUCUCUAGGCAGCGUCGGCUGGUCGCAGCCUGGAGCGGACCUGACCGCUGAACUGUCACCGCGGCAGUCGCUGGAGGCUCGGCCAGGACUGCUCGACGAUGCAGUGUUGUCAUCAUCCACGAAAAGACUGUCAGACAUGUCGCCUUAAAUACAUCUGCACAGUGGGUGAAAUUUCUUGAAGACGCUCUACACUGUUUCGAUCUUUCCCGAAUGAGUAUUCUACAUUACAAAAUUUUGUACGCGGCUGCACGUUCAGAGACCGUGAACAGUUACAAUCAAAAGAAAACAGCCCUCGGUUACUAAUUUUUAACGAAUUAACCGGGUUGCGACACUGAUAGGAAUGUCUUCCUCAGAAUUUAAACCAAAGAAUGGUCUAUAACAUGGUCACAGACUUAUGACUAAAAACGUAUGAUACAAAUUAUAU